AGAAGGAGGCGAAGACACACUGAGGGGUUUUUAUUCUGAGCAGACAAAAGGGAAGAUUUUCUAGUUUUAAAGUUCUCUGCAUCCUCUGGAGCUGCAGUUUCCCUUCUCGUCUUCUUUUUUACACCUAAAACACAAAUACUGUGCUGCUGCUGCUGCAAGUAUUUCCCAUCGCUGUUGGAGAUACUUCCCUCUCCUGCAUCCGAGGACACUUUUUUUUUUUUUUUUUAAAUCUGCAGAUGCAAUCAUCUGAAGCGUCUUUCUGACCGGAUCUCCUCGUCAGAAGCAUCUGUUGCAGCUCGAAUGUGUCCAGAAGUCGGACGGAGAGCGUGAGAAGGACUGGUUGGGUUGUUGGGAGGUGGAGGAGGAAGAGGAGGAGGAGGAGGAGGUGGUGAAGUCAGGAGGAUUAGAGAAGAGGAGGAAGAGCAUCCUCACCACCCACAAACACACCCUUCAGUCAGCCGGACUUCGGCGAUCUCGUAAAAUCACCGUUUAAGUUUAAGAGCCGCCACAACGCGAGGUCGCACCGUUUGAAUUCAGACGCUCUGUUGGUCACCACGGGGAUAUUGUAGCGGCGUUACAGGACCGUUGUGACACCAGGACGCCUCGGCAGCAGCACAGAAUGGACCUCCCACCAAUCAGAGGUUUAUCUGAUGUGCCGUGAGCGUUGGGAGCCCCUCGCCUCGGCCCCGGCUUCCAGUCCCGGUGCCCCCCGGGUGGCUCGCCAGGAUAGACCCGACUCAUUCCCUGAGGAUGGAGCUGGACUCUGUGCUGUCGCUCGACCAGAUACGCGCCAUCCGGGCCAACAAUGACUAUGUGGAAAGGCCCGUGGCGCUGGAACCGACGUCCCAGACCGGAUUUUUUUAUGCCCACGAUGACCGUUACCCUCACGGAGUAUACGCCCAUCACCCGCAGCCUUCCUACCCCUCGGCGCUUUCCCGCAGCCAAAGUCAGCAGCAGCACGCUCACCUGUCGCACCUGAGCCGUUCCAGUACCAUAAGCUCUUCCAUGUCUCGGACCAGUGCCACCUCAGACCAGCGGCUACUGGUGGGUUUGACUCCGUCUCACUCCGGCCUCGGCUCGGUGGUCCAUUCUCAGCCUAAAGGGGAACUCAAGCCCGACACUUCCUUGGGUAAACGCCUGGCGGGAGACGAGGCCGAGCUCGGUCUCCAUCAGUUCAUCUGUGAGCGUUGCGGUCGCUGCAAAUGCCACGAGUGCUGCGCUCCUCGCCGCCUGCCGUCCUGCUGGGCCUGCGGUCAGCGCUGCCUGUGCUCCGCCGAGAGCGCCGUGGAGUACGGUACCUGCUUGUGCUGCGUCAAGGGCUUGUUCUACCACUGCUCCGCCCAGGAUGACGAGGACAACUGCGCCGACCGGCCGUGCUCCUGCGCUCCGGCCCACGCCUGCGCCCGCUGGAGCACCAUGGGGCUGCUGGCGCUCUGCCUGCCCUGCCUCUGCUGCUACCCCCCUGCCAGGCUGUGCCUUGCCCUGUGUCAGUGCGCCCACGACCGGGCCACGCGACCCGGCUGCCGGUGCAGCAACACCAACACCGUGUGCCGCAAGAUCUCCGCCUCCAACCCCAACCCCUGCCACCCUUCGCUCCGCAGCAAAGCUCUGGAGAAGCCGUUAUGACAGGCUUGAACGAGGGCCAGGUAGAUCCAGAUCCCCCCUCAGCCGUGGCCAAAGCAACGCUGUCGCCGAUUAGCAGUGCCACAGCUGACAUUGUGACGACAGUGCCAUCGUGACCCACCUACCUACAUACGACAAGCCAACCAACCAACCGUGAAGUGUUGUUCACCUAACGUACCUUGAAUUUACUUCUUCUCCAGCUCAGGAGGGACCAAAGCUUUACUGUGCCUGUUCACGUUGGAGACUUAACGCCUACAAACAAAGACUCAUCUUGAAGAAGACGAAGAAGCUGUCGUGCUUUGCUGCACCGCCCUUCAACCUUAACCAGGACUUCCAGACAGAAAUCGCCUCUCUCUGCGUUCUGUGGUGCAAUCUGUUAAAAUCUAUUUAUUUAUUGUUGAGCCUCCUUCCUCCCCGCCUUCACACGACAAAGCACAGAGAGGGGAGAUGGACCGGACCAGGAAGGGAAGACGCCAACAGGUUCUGAGGACUGAGGUUGAAACUGUGACACUCAGAGCAGAGACGAUGAGUGAAUGAAGAAACCGACGUUGCACUGAGGUGACUGGGACACAAGCGAGAACAAA